AUGGGCAAGGGCAAGGAGAACUCGUCCGGCAAGGAGAAAAAACUCGCACGAGCGGCGGCACUGGCCGCCGAGAAGGAGCGAAAGCAACACAUCGCACAAGCCGCCGCGAUCACGACGCCGCUAUCGGCCUUUGAGCCCAUGGUCAAGGCGGCACAAGCCAAGUUUGGCGUGGACGUCGUGCACGCUGCGAGCGCGUCUCUCUCCGAGGCGGACCACGACUUCUGCUUUGCCUUGCUCAAGCGCAACAUGGAGUCUCUGCGGCUCGACGCUGGCUGGGGCUUCAACGACAGCGGCGAGCGAGCGACCCUGCGCGACGAGGAGUCGCAUUUCCUCAUCCUGCGGCCGAGCGGACAGGAGGACGCCGCCGCAUCGCCCGCGGGCUUUUGCAUGUACCGCUGGAUCCUCGAGGGCGAGUGCACCGUCCUCUAUGUCUACGAGCUGCAGCUCACGGCCGGCGCGGGACACCUCCGAGAGACGUCCACGCAUCCCCCGCCUUCCCGCCCCCACCGGCCCACCUAUCGCACCCUAUCGCACCCACCUCCCGCUCGACGCCCGCUCAUCCUCCGGGCCGCAGAGUACCGCGGCAAGGGGCUCGGCAAGUUUGUGAUGCAGCUCCUCGAGCUCCUCGCCAACAAGCACAAGAUGCAGUUCAUGAUGCUGACCGUCUUCAAGAACAACGACGGCGCGAUGCGAAUCCCCCCCCCCCCCCCCUG